GGCGCGAGGAAAGCAACGUAGCUUGAUGAGUCCAAUGCACGUUUACUGCCGUGUAGCUGCGUGCACGCGUCAAUGUAUGAGAGUGCGUCAGAUGCAGAUGGCCCCGUCUCAUAAAUUAUGACAAUGAUGAUAAUGCAUCGAUUCGCGCUGCUCUAACCUACACGGAUACCUCUGCAUCCAACAUGGCGGCCCGGCAUCUCAACGGCAUCCACACCGCAUCGUUGUUACCGUGUCUGGUUGCGUGUGUCGCUGGGUUUCUGUCCAUCGCCCUUGCCCCGGCGACCUCGCAGGAAAUCACCGACAUCAAGGUUCCCAGUACCGAGUUGAUAGUCCCUGAAGAUACGGAGAAGCCCUACUGUACAUUCUUCAACAACCGAAAGCCGGAGUUUCAACCUAAUCUUAAAAACUGUACUUGGUACCAGGACAACUGCUGUUGCCGGCAGGUAGAAAUCGAGGUGGCUUUCGGGAAAGUCAAACCACUGCAAGGGGCCACGCUACCUUGCCAGAAAUACAUCAAUUAUCUUAUCUGCUACAUCUGCGCGCCGACCCAGUACAAGUUCUACCUAUGGCAGAGGCUUACUGUGUGCGAGGAGUUCUGUGAUCUCAUCUUUGAUCGGUGCAAGGACGCUAUUCUCAAGGGUUCUGCUAUCGGGGAGCUGUACAAGAACGGCACCAAUUUCUGCAAGAGUCGGCGCUUUGAAGUCGCGCCGUACUCCUCAGGAAAGUGCUUCUACUUCAACGAGACCAUGGACACAUCGUCCACCGGGAGUAUCGUGGUAUCGCCGGCCGUAUCUUCGCUCGUCUGGGCAGGAUUGAUGGUCCUCACGGUAUUAACCAAAAUAUGAAAUGCUUGCCUCUGGAAAUGCAAACACCUAGAAACUAUGCCCUGGAGCACGAUGGUUUAGAUAGCGAACGUAACUCACUCAAAACUUCAAGAGAGAACUGUAUGCAGCAGGCCUAUUACUAAACCAUGUUAAAGUGAACCGUUUGUAUCCGGGAACCAUUAAAGCCUCUACCGUGAAAGCUCUGGUUUUUAAACCGGUGAAAAGGAGGUUUGUUUAUCGUUAGGAGCGUCAUGCUGACAACCCGAGGAAACUAAUGCGACAGAAUGGAGGUUGGCCCGUCAAGAUGUCCGCCUAUUAUUGAGCGUUGGGCUCUGAAACAAGGCUGUUUUUAUAGUGACCGUGUCUGGUGUGACCAUAGUCUUGGCCCAAGACUGGAUUUGAAUUUUAUUCCUUAAUAAUACCUCAGGCACGUGCAUUAGCUUAUGCUCGGAAUUUUCUGGGUGUUGCUGCCGAGGUUCCCAAGACUGGAGUAAUUUGAUUCUUCGCGUUGAAAGCGACCUCUAUCGCCGCAGCGGCUGCACGGAGCUUGUCAGAGACUAGUGUAACCACAGGUACUAGAUAUAAAAGGUUCAUGUUGAAGCAAUAAUCGGGGAUUUCGACUUCCAAAAAUAUAACAUGCCUUUGGGUGUUCUCCGAUGUUCAAAUUAAGUGUUGACGAAAUUUGCUCUUCCCGAAAUUCUCUCCAUCAGUGAUUCGAAUUCCUUGUCAAAAUGAAGAACUGUCGUAUUGCUGGACAGAUACAUAUGAUCAAAAACCUAAAUAGCACGAGAAGAGCAACUUGAACAAUAAA